UUGUGGGAGCUUCAACACUGAAGGCUUUCAAGAAGAGACUGGACUGCCAUCUAUCAUAAAUGGUGUAGAGUCUCCUGCUUGGGCAGGGGGUUGGACUAGAUCCCCAUUCCAUUCCAUUGUUCUAACCACCAUUACAACAUGUAACUGAAAUUGGCAGGCCUAAUUACAAUUGUAUCUCGAGGACUACUUGUAUGGUGGCUGGAGAAUUCUGUCGCUCAAAAUCUGGAGGACAAAAGUUAGAAGAUGGAAACUCCACAUGUGGGAAUUUUAUAAUCAAUAUACAAAAAACAUAACACACAAGUCAAUUUGAGGAAGUUCUGCAAAAAAAAAAAUAUUCAGAAACUUUUGCUGAUAACCAGAAACAGACAAAGAGGAUGGCAAUAAGACCCCUCUGGACAACUGAAAAUAACAAGCAACAUUGGAAAGGAAAGCAAAACCAGCCAGAAAUCAAGAUAUUUUCCAUUUCCUUCAGAAAGCCACACAAUUCUUCUCCUUCCCCAGCAGGUGAGAGACAAAGGAGAGAAAAUUAAGAGGACAUUUUGGACUCACACCAGGGAGAAACUGUGAGUGUCCAGUUUAAGGGAAAAGUUUCAUUACAAAUUCCCACCUCAUGACACCCGUGAAGAUUCAUACAAGGGAGAAACACUUUGAGUGUCCUGAUUGUGGGAAAAGAUUCAGUCAACAUUGCCACCUGGUAAUACACCAGAUACAUUCACUAUAGGUAGAAACUGUAUCGUAGUUCUGAUUUUGAGAAAAGUUUCACUAACAAUUCCAGCCUGGUUGCACACCAGAGGACUCUGACAGGAGAAAACCCGUAUGAAUGUCCAGAAUGUGGGAAAUGUUGCAGUAAGAAUCCCAGCCUGGUGAUACGCCAGAGGCCUCAUACAGGAGAUAAACUGUAUGAGUGUCAAGAUUGUGGGGAAACUUUCAGUAUGAAUUCCAACCAGGUGCCACAUCAAAAGACUCACAUAGGAGAGAAAAUGUAUGAUUGUCCAGAGUGUGGGAAAAAAUUCAGUAAGAAUUCUAUCCUAGUGACACAUCAGAGGACUCACACAGGAGAGAAACCAUAUGAGUGUCCUGAGUGUGGGAAAAGUUUCAGACGGAAUUCCCACCUGGUGAUACACCAGAGCACUCACACUGGGGAGAAACCCUUUAAAUGUCUUGAGUGUGGGAAAAGUUUCAGUCACAAUUUCAGCCUUGUGAUACACCAAAGGAUUCACACAGGAGAGAAACCCUUUCAAUGUCCUGAUUGUAGGAAAUGUUUCCGUCACAGUUCCAGCCUGGUAAUACAUCAGAGAAGUCACACAGGCAAGAAACCAUAUGAGUGUCCAGAUUGUGGGAAAUGUUUCAGUCAGAAUUCCAUUCUGGUGGUACACCAGAGGAUUCACAAGAGGGAGAAACUGUAUGAUAUUCCUGAUUUUGGGAAACAUUUUAGUAAGAAUUUAAGCUCUGUGACACACCAGAGGACUCACACCAGAGAGAAAAAAUAUGAGUGUCCAGAGUGUGGGAAAAGUUUCACUAAGAAUUCCAGCCUUGUGGCACACCAGAGGACUCAGUCCCAGGACAAACUGUAUGAAUGCCCUGAGUGUGGUAAAAGUUUAAGUUAUUAUUCCAGUCUGGUAACACACCAGUGGAUUCACACAGGAGAUAAACCAUAUGAAUGUCCAGAAUGUGGGAAAUGUUUCAGUAAGAAUUCCAGCCUGGUGAUACACCAGAGGACUCACACAGGAGAGAAACCAUAUGAGUGUCCAGAUUGUGGGAAAAGUUUCAGUCAGAAUUCCAGCCUUGUGACACACAAAAGGACUCACACAGGAGAGAAACCGUAUGAGUGUCCAAAGUGUGGCAAACGUUUCAGUAUGAAUUGCAACCUGGUGGUACAUCAGAAGACUCACACAGGAGAGAAACCGUAUGAUUGUCCAGAAUGUGGGAAAAGAUUCAGUAAGAAUUCUAGCCUAGUGACACAUCAGAGGACUCACACAGGAGAAAAACAAUAUGAUUGUCCAGAAUGUAGGAAAAAUUUCAGUAAGAAUUCGAGCCUGGUGGCACACCAGAGGACUCAUGCUCUGGAGAAACCACAUGAAUGUCCUGAGUGUGGGAAAAGUUUCACUCGUAAUUCCACCCUGGUGAUACACCAGAGGAUUCACAUGGGAGAGAAACCGUAUGAGUGUCUAGAUUGUGGGAAAACUUUCAGUUGUAAUUCCACCCUGGUGACACACCAGAGGACUCACACAGGAGAAAAACCAUAUGAGUGUCCAGAGUGUGGGAAAUGUUUCACUAAGAAUUCCAACCUGGUGACACACCAGAGAAGUCACACAGGAAAUAAACCAUAUGAGUGUCCAGAUUGUGGGGAAAGUUUCAGUCAGAAUUCCAGCCUCAUGACACACAAGAGGUCUCACAAAGUACAGAAACAUAUGACUAUUCAGAGUGUGGGAAAAGGUUCAGUAAAACUUCCUAUCUUAUGAGACACCAGAGGAUGCAUACAGGGGAGAAAUCUUUUGAAUGCCUUGAUUGUGGAAAAAGUUUUAGUCAGAAUGACAGCCUGUUGACUCACCAGAUGACUUGUAUUAGGAAGAAAUGGUAUGAAUGUCCUGAUUGUGGGAAAAGUUUCAGACAGAAUUCCAACCUGGUUAUACACCAGAGGACCCACAGUCUUGAUAAAGGCUAACUAAUUUCUAGUGAUCAGAAGUUUCUGGAUAUUUCCUUUUGCAGAAGUUAUGGAAUUCUUCAAAAAGGCUUUUGGGUGGUGGUUUUUCCAUAUUUUUUAUGGAAUUUCCACAAUUGAAGUUUCUUCUACCUUGGUGUCCUCCAGAUUUUGAGUCCCAGAAUUUCCCUGCCAGUAUACAAGUAGUCCUCGAGAUAUAAGUGUAAUGGAGCUUACCAAUUACAGUUUUAUGUUGUAAUCACUGUUAAACAAGACUGCUGUGCUUAACUUACUCCACCCCACCCCCCUCUCUCCCUGAUAUAAGUUGUUAAAUGUGUGCGUUGUUAAACAGAACACUGGCUACUUCAGUGUUGGGGGCAUACCCCAGGUCAAGGCUUGUGUUCCAAAGGCCUCCCCUACCUCAACCUUUUGAUCAUCCCAGGCCUUUCCCUUCCCCACGGGACUGUCCCUUUCUCUCAAUUCAACUUCCAGCUGCUUCUUCUUGGAAGAAGCACAAAAGCUUCUCUUCACACUAUGCUCCUUUCAUGAGUGAUCCCAAAGAGGAAGUUCCUCUUUGCUUCCCAUCUCCUCCCAUCCUUUCUAGCAAUAAAGUACUCCAUGGUUUUAACUCCUUUAAGCUCAACCCCAGAAACCGCCCACGGUAUUGUCCGCUUUCUAGGCACAAAUGUUGCCAUCUCCGGAUAGGAUGCUUCUCAACCAAGAAGAUCCUACAGCUUCUUCAAAACUUAAGAAGCUUAGAUGAGAAGCAAAACUUUUUCAAGGAAAAACACCUUUGGACAACCAUGAUCUGGGUGAUUGAGAAACUGCAUAGAUCAGGGCUUUUCA